AUGUGCGUCGAGGAUUUUGAACCGCUGAAGUUGAUCGGGCGAGGGGCUUUCGGGGAGGUGCGGUUGGUGCGACAGAAGAGCACGGGGGAGAUUUUCGCGAUGAAGAAGCUGAAAAAGUCGGAAAUGGUUCGGCGCGGGCAAGUCGAUCACGUCAAGGCGGAGCGAAACUUGCUCGCCGAGGUGAACUCGCGCGCGGUGGUGACGCUGUAUUAUUCGUUUCAAGACGAUCAAUUCUUGUACCUCGUGAUGGAAUAUUUACCGGGUGGAGACGUGAUGACUCUGUUGAUUCGACGCGAUACGCUCACGGAGGAAGAGACGCGGUUUUACUUGGCGCAGACGGUGGCGGCGCUGGAGACGAUUCAUCGACACAACUUUAUUCACAGAGACAUCAAACCGGACAACUUGUUGCUCGACAAGGAUGGUCACAUGAAGUUGAGCGACUUCGGAUUGUGCAAACCCAUCGAUCCGGCGUAUCAGCAGGCGGUUCUCCCGGAAAUCUUGGAGAACGAAGCGGCGAUGAGUCGAGACGGCGAGGGCAAUUUGCCAAACACGAUCGAGACGGAUCAAAAGCGCGCAGAAGAGCUCGCGAACUGGCAGAAGAAUCGACGUCGGUUGGCGUUCAGCACAGUUGGUACGCCGGACUACAUCGCCCCAGAAGUUCUCCUGAAGAAAGGAUACGGCUUGGAGUGCGAUUGGUGGAGCGUCGGUGCUAUCAUGUUUGAAAUGCUCAUGGGUUACGCGCCGUUUUACAGCGACGAGCCGAUGACGACGUGCCGUAAAAUCGUGCACUGGAGACACCACUUGAGAAUUCCAGACGACGCGACGAUCUCUCCCGAAGCGCGCGACUUGAUCGAACGUCUGUUAUGCGACGUCGAUCAGCGUUUAGGAACGAGCGGAGGCGUGGAAGAGAUCAAAUCGCACAAAUUUUUUAGCGGCAUCGACUGGGACACUCUCUACACGAGGAAGCCACCCCAUAGUCCCGUCGUUUCGCAUCAAUUGGACACUCGUAACUUUGAAGAUUUCGAAGAGGACGAGAGCAUGCGAAAGAAGAGUGAACUUGGGGAAACGGAUGCGGGCAAAGAUUCCAACUUUGUCGGUUACACGUACAAGAACGUCGAAGUCGUCGGCGACCAAGUCGUCAAAGUGAAUCCGACGCGACCGUCGUUGACGACGCUUUUCCCUUCGACUAAGAAGUAGUAGUUUUAAUUCGUAUGUAAUGCGCGCGCAUCGUAAUGAAGGCAACGACGCUGGUGUUCUUGGGGAGGUGAUGGUACACUGGCACUCGAUGAUGUUGAAUAGUCCAUCGUGCUCAGAUUUUGCGCGCAAGCGCUCGCGAGCGCCGCUCUUCUGCGUAAAUACGGUAUUUUUGCUAUUUUAUUGUUGCUUUCUUCCGAAGCGGAACUUGGAGAAAAAAGACUUGCUCGGAGGUUUCGCCAAGGUUUCGAUGACUUCUUCCGGAGAAUCACACGCUUCGAGUAAAGGCUGCAAAUCUCUAAAACGAGGCCGCGACUGCGGCACGGUUUUCCAACAAUUCUGCA